CAGUCCUUCCUUUGGACGCAGAGGUUGGGAAGCAGGACAGGGGACAUUGCUGGGGUGCACUCCGAGAGGAGCAAGCAGAACCCUGGGUGCCGAAGAGGCCGCGUGGGGGACCGGCGUGCCCGUGCCAUGCGGAGCGUGGACUCCCGCGGCCACCCCGCAGCUGCAGCCCCGGCCCCCGGCUCUGUUCCGCGGCUGGGCUGCCCGGCGCGGGCCGCUGUCCACAGUGGGAGGUGCUGAAAGCAGGGCGCGGGGGCGGCGGGCCGGCCGGCUGCUCCGAGCGCCCCCCUCCGCGCCGCGCCGCUCCUCCGGCCCUCCCCUCCUCCAUCAGCCAUGUUCCGCGCGCGGGGAGGGCUGGGGGAAGGGGCGAGAGCCGGGGGCCGGCGGCGAGGAGAGCCGCCUCUGCCUCGGGGAAGGAGGGGAUGAGAGCUGGGGGGAGCAGCGCGACGAGGAGGCGGCGGCGGCGGCCGGCGAGGAACCCGCGCUGGGUUCUGCGGUAGGACUCCCGGGAGCCACCAUCAUGGUGAAGAGGAAGAGCUCCGAGGGCCAGGAGCAGGACGGCGGCCGCGGCAUCCCUCUGCCCAUCCAGACCUUCCUGUGGCGGCAAACCAGUGCAUUUUUGAGGCCUAAACUGGGGAAGCAAUAUGAAGCCUCUUGUGUGUCCUUUGAACGAGUGUUGGUGGAAAACAAGCUGCAUGGCCUCUCCCCGGCGCUCUCUGAAGCUAUCCAGAGCAUUUCCAGAUGGGAGCUAGUGCAGGCUGCCCUCCCUCAUGUUCUCCACUGCACUGCAACCCUGCUGUCAAACAGGAACAAACUAGGCCACCAAGAUAAGUUGGGUGUUGCUGAGACAAAACUCCUUCAUACCCUGCACUGGAUGCUUCUUGAGGCCCCACAAGACUGCAACAAUGAUCAGUUUGGGGGUACAGACCGAGGCUCGAGCUGGGGUGGCAGCAGCAGUGCUUUCAUCCACCAGAUUGAAAACCAGGGUUCUCCCGGGCAGCCUUGCCGAAGCAGCUCCCAUGAUGAGGAAGAGAACAACAGAAGAAAGACCUUCCAAAACUCCAUGGCUACCGUGGAGCUCUUUGUGUUUCUGUUUGCUCCUUUGGUGCACAGGAUAAAGGAAUCUGAUCUCACCUUCCGAUUGGCCAGUGGGUUGGUUAUAUGGCAGCCUAUGUGGGAGCACAGACAGCCUGAAGUCUCCGGCUUUACUGCCCUGGUAAAGCCCAUAAGAAACAUCAUUACAGCCAAAAGAAGCUCUCCAAUCAACAGUCAGAGUCAGACCUGUGAAUCACCCAAUCAAGACACAAGGCAGCAAGGAGAGGGACUUCAGGUGGUCAGUGAAGCACUGCAGUCGGAUUCCAUCUCACCUAAGGCCACCAUCGCAGGCUGCCAUCAGGGAAACUCCUUCGAUGGAAGCCUGUCCUCCCAGACGUCCCAGGAAAGAGGCCCAUCACAUUCAAGGGCCUCUCUUGUGAUACCACCAUGCCAGAGGUCACGCUAUGCCACCUACUUUGAUGUUGCUGUUCUCCGCUGCCUUCUCCAGCCCCACUGGUCUGAGGAAGGCACUCAGUGGUCCCUGAUGUACUAUCUACAAAGGCUGAGACACAUGCUGGAAGAGAAACCAGAAAAGACCCCAGAUCCAGAUAUUCCUCUCCUGCCCAGGCCCAGAAGUAGCUCGAUGGUGGCAGCAGCUCCCUCACUAGUGAACACCCACAAGACUCAAGAUCUCACCAUGAAGUGUAAUGAAGAAGAAAAAUCUCUUAGCCCUGAGGCUUUUUCCAAAGUCUCAUUGACCAAUCUCCGAAGAUCUGCAGUUCCAGAUCUAUCUUCAGAUCUGGGCAUAAACAUUUUUAAGAAGUUCAAAAGUCGCAAAGAAGACCGGGAGAGGAAAGGCUCCAUUCCAUUCCACCACACGGGGAAGAGGAGACCUAGGCGAAUGGGUGUACCAUUCCUGCUGCAUGAGGACCACCUAGACGUCUCACCCACACGCAGCACAUUCUCUUUUGGCAGUUUCUCUGGACUUGGAGAAGAUAGGAGAGGCAUUGAAAAGGGAGGCUGGCAAACCACCAUCUUAGGGAAGCUGACCCGGCGGGGCAGCUCGGAUGCAGCCACUGAGAUGGAAAGUCUGAGUGCCAGGCACUCGCACUCACACCACACCCUGGUGAGCGACCUGCCAGAUCACUCCAACAGCCAUGGAGAGAACACUGUCAAGGAAGUGAGAUCUCAGAUCUCCACCAUCACAGUUGCGACCUUCAACACUACGCUGGCAUCGUUCAAUGUAGGCUACGCAGACUUCUUCAGUGAACACAUGAGGAAGCUCUGCAGCCAGGUGCCUAUCCCAGAGAUGCCGCAUGAACCUCUGGCAUGUGCCAACCUACCACGAAGCCUCACAGACUCCUGCAUAAACUACAGCUACCUGGAGGACACAGAACAUAUUGAUGGCACCAACAACUUUGUCCACAAGAACGGCAUGCUGGAUCUUUCUGUGGUUCUGAAGGCUGUUUAUCUCGUUCUUAACCAUGACAUCAGUUCUCGCAUCUGUGAUGUGGCACUUAACAUUGUGGAAUGUUUGCUUCAACUUGGUGUAGUUCCCUGUGUAGAAAAAAACAGGAAAAAAAGUGAAAACAAGGAAAAUGAGACCGUGGAAAAGAGACCAAGUGAGGGGGCCUUCCAGUUCAAAGGCGUGUCUUCAAGUUCCACCAGUGGGUUUGGGGCCCCUUCCGCUAGUGGAGCUGGAGAUGGUGGAGGAGAAGAAGGAGGAGGUGGAGAUGAAGGAGGAGGUGGUGGAGGAGGAGAUGGAGGAGGAGGUGGAGGAGGUGGAGGUGGCCCUUAUGAGAAGAAUGAGAAGAACCAAGAGAAGGAUGACAACAUCCCUGUAAGCAACCAUAGGCUUGCUCUCACUAUGCUCAUCAAAAUAGUCAAGUCACUAGGAUGUGCCUAUGGUUGCGGAGAAGGACAUCGAGGGCUCUCUGGAGAUCGUCUGAGACACCAGGUAUUCCGAGAGAAUGCCCAGAACUGCCUCACUAAGCUAUACAAGCUAGAUAAGAUGCAGUUCCGACAAACCAUGAGGGACUAUGUGAACAAGGACUCUCUCAAUAAUGUAGUGGACUUCUUGCAUGCUUUGCUAGGAUUUUGUAUGGAGCCGGUCACUGACAACAAAGCUGGGUUUGGAAAUAACUUCACCACAGUGGACAACAAGUCCACAGCCCAAAAUGUGGAAGGCAUUAUUGUUGGUGCCAUGUUCAAGUCUCUCAUCACACGCUGUGCCUCAACCACACAUGAACUCCACAGCCCUGAGAAUCUGGGACUGUACUGUGACAUCCGCCAGCUGGUCCAGUUUAUCAAAGAAGCUCAUGGGAAUGUCUUCAGGAGAGUGGCUCUUAGUGCCCUGCUUGAUAGCGCUGAGAAGUUAGCACCAGGGAAAAAGGUGGAGGAGAAUGGACAGGAGGCUAAGCCUGCAGGCGGUAAAAGGUCAGAGGCAGGAAGCAUUGCGGAUAAAGGCCAGAUAUCGUCAGCACCUGAGGAAUGUCGAAGCUUCAUGUCUGGCCGCCCCUCACAGACCCCAGAACAUGAUGAGCCAAUGCAAGGGGGCAACCUGGGACGGAAAGACUUCUGGCGCAAGAUGUUCAAAUCCCAAAGUGCAGCAAGUGACACCAGCAGCCAGUCUGAGCAGGACACCUCAGAAUGUACCACAGCCCACUCAGGGAACACCUCUGACCGGCGUGCCCGCUCACGAUCCCGCAGAAUCUCCCUGCGAAAGAAGUUGAAACUCCCCAUAGGUAAAAGAAACUGGCUGAAGCGCUCCUCCCUCUCUGGCCUGGCAGAUGGUGUAGAAGACCUCCUGGACAUUAGCUCUGUGGAUCGUCUGUCUUUCAUCAGGCAAAGCUCCAAGGUCAAGUUCACCAGCGCUGUCAAGCUCUCCGAAGGUGGACCAGGGAGUGGGAUGGAGAACGGACGAGAAGAGGAGGAGAAUUUCUUCAAGCGGCUUGGCUGCCACAGUUUCGAUGACCACCUUUCUCCCAACCAAGAUGGUGGGAAAAGCAAAAACGUGGUGAAUCUGGGAGCAAUCCGACAAGGCAUGAAGCGCUUUCAAUUCCUGUUGAACUGCUGCGAGCCAGGGACAAUUCCUGACGCAUCCAUCCUAGCUGCUGCCUUAGACUUAGAAGCUCCUGUGGUGGCCAGAGCAGCUCUGUUCCUCGAAUGUGCCCGUUUUGUCCACCGGUGCAACCGUGGCAACUGGCCCGAGUGGAUGAAAGGGCACCACGUGAACAUCACCAAGAAAGGCCUGUCCCGGGGCAGGUCUCCCACCGUGGGCAACAAGCGGAACCAGAAGCUUCAGUGGAGCGCGGCCAAGCUCUUCUACCAGUGGGGAGAUGCAAUUGGCAUCCGAUUGAACGAGCUGUGCCAUGGAGAGAGCGAGAGUCCCGCGAACCUGCUCGGCCUUAUCUAUGAUGAGGAAACCAAGAGAAGACUGCGGAAGGAGGAUGAGGAGGAAGACUUUUUAGAUGACAGUACUGUGAACCCCUCUAAAUGUGGCUGUCCCUUUGCCUUGAAGAUGGCAGCAUGCCAACUUCUCCUGGAGAUAACCACCUUCCUGAGGGAGACGUUUUCAUGCCUGCCUAGACCUCGCACUGAGCCCCUUGUGGACCUGGAAAGCUGCAGGCUUCGUCUGGACCCUGAAUUGGACCGGCACAGAUAUGAGAGGAAGAUCAGCUUUGCAGGAGUUCUGGAUGAAAAUGAAGACUCAAAAGAUUCUCUGCACAGCAGCAGCCACACCAUCAAAUCAGACGCAGGUGCUGAAGAGAAGAAAGAAGGAAGUCCUUGGAGUGCAAGUGAACCCAGCAUUGAGCCAGAGGGACUGAGCAAUGCCGGCACAGAGGAAAACUACCACAGAAACAUGUCUUGGCUUCACGUCAUGAUCUUACUCUGCAAUCAACAAAGUUUCAUUUGCACACAUGUGGACUACUGCCAUCCACACUGCUACCUGCACCACAGCCGCUCCUGUGCCCGGCUGGUCAGGGCCAUUAAAUUGCUGUAUGGGGACAGUGUGGACUCCCUGCGUGAGAGCAACCACAUCAGCAAUGUGGCUCUGAGAGGCAAGAAACAGAAAGAGUGUUCAGAUAAGUCAUGCCUGAGGACGCCUUCCCUGAAGAAGAGAGUUUCGGAUGUUAACCUGGAAGGGAAAAAGGACUCCGGGAUGCUGAAGUACAUCAGGCUUCAGGUGAUGAGCUUGUCACCUGCUCCCUUGUCUCUGCUCAUCAAGGCUGCUCCAAUUCUGACAGAGGAGAUGUACGGAGACAUCCAGCCGGCUGCUUGGGAACUGCUGCUCAGUAUGGAUGAGCACAUGGCUGGGGCAGCAGCUGCCAUGUUCCUGUUGUGUGCUGUGAAGGUCCCUGAUGCUGUGUCAGACAUGUUGAUGUCCGAGUUCCAUCAUGCAGAGACGGUACAGAGGCUGAAUGCCGUCCUCAAGUUCCACACGCUCUGGAGGUUCCGCUAUCAGGUCUGGCCCAGGAUGGAGGAGGGAGCGCAGCAGAUUUUUAAGAUCCCGCCUCCCAGCAUAAACUUCACCCUGCCCUCGCCAGUACUUGGAAUGCCAUCUGUCCCAAUGUUUGACCCUCCGUGGGUCCCUCAGUGCAGCGGGAGUGUCCAGGACCCCAUUAACGAAGACCAAUCUAAAUCCUUCUCUGCCCGGGCAGUGUCCCGCUCCCAUCAGAGGGCAGAGCACAUCUUAAAGAACUUGCAGCAGGAGGAAGAGAAGAAACGCCUUGGUCGUGAGGCGAGCCUCAUCACCGCCAUCCCCAUUACCCAAGAGGCUUGCUAUGAGCCCACCUGCACACCCAACUCGGAGCCUGAGGAAGAAGUAGAAGAAGUCGCCAAUCUGACAUCCCGACGGUUGUCUGUGAGUCCAUCCUGUACCUCCAGUACCUCGCACAGGAAUUAUUCCUUCCGCAGAGGGUCAGUCUGGUCUGUACGUUCAGCAGUCAGUGCUGAAGAUGAGGAGCAUGCCACUGAGCACACACCGAACCACCAUGUGCCUCAGCCUCCGCAAGCAGUAUUCCCAGCAUGCAUCUGUGCCGCAGUUCUUCCCAUUGUUCAUUUAAUGGAGGAUGGCGAGGUGCGGGAGGAUGGCGUGGCAGUCAGUGCUGUGGCCCAGCAAGUCUUGUGGAACUGUCUAAUUGAAGAUCCAUCAACGGUUCUUCGACAUUUUCUGGAAAAACUGACCAUCAGCAAUAGACAAGAUGAGCUAAUGUACAUGCUCCGCAAACUUCUCUUAAAUAUUGGAGACUUUCCAGCUCAAACAUCACACAUCCUGUUCAACUACUUGGUGGGGCUAAUCAUGUACUUUGUGAGGACCCCGUGUGAGUGGGGUAUGGACGCCAUCUCUGCCACACUGACCUUCCUGUGGGAGGUGGUCGGGUAUGUGGAGGGCCUCUUCUUCAAGGAUCUCAAGCAGACUAUGAAGAAGGAACAAUGCGAAGUGAAGCUUCUGGUCACUGCUUCCAUGCCAGGUACCAAAACCUUGGUCGUCCAUGGGCAGAAUGAGUGUGAUAUCCCAACCCAGCUGCCAGUGCAUGAAGACACCCAGUUCGAAGCCCUGCUGAAGGAGUGUCUGGAGUUUUUCAACAUCCCAGAAUCCCAGUCAACACAUUAUUUUCUCAUGGAUAAACGAUGGAACCUCAUCCACUACAACAAGACCUAUGUUCGAGACAUUUAUCCCUUCCGGAGGUCCGUCUCACCACAGCUGAACCUCGUACAUAUGCAUCCGGAAAAGGGGCAGGAGCUCAUUCAGAAGCAGGUGUUCACCCGGAAGCUGGAGGAAGUAGGGCGGGUUUUGUUCCUCAUCUCCCUAACCCAGAAGAUCCCCACAGCCCACAAGCAGUCACAUGUCUCCAUGCUCCAGGAGGACCUUCUUCGUCUGCCCUCCUUCCCUCGGAGUGCAAUAGAUGCUGAGUUUUCUCUCUUCAGUGACCCGCAAGCUGGGAAGGAACUGUUUGGUCUUGACACCCUGCAGAAGAGCCUGUGGAUCCAGCUCCUGGAGGAGAUGUUCCUGGGCAUGCCGAGCGAGUUUCCCUGGGGAGACGAAAUCAUGCUUUUUCUCAAUGUGUUCAAUGGGGCUCUGAUUCUCCAUCCAGAAGACAGCGCCCUGCUCCGGCAGUACGCGGCCACUGUCAUCAACACAGCUGUCCACUUCAACCACCUCUUCUCUCUCAGUGGCUACCAGUGGAUUCUCCCCACCAUGCUGCAGGUAUACUCAGACUAUGAAAGCAACCCACAACUACGUCGCGCCAUCGAGUUUGCCUGCCACCAGUUCUACAUCCUACACAGGAAGCCCUUUGUCCUCCAGCUGUUUGCUAGUGUGGCCCCUCUCCUGGAGUUCCCGGAUGCUGCCAAUACAGGGUCCAGCAAAGGCGUGUCUGCUCAGUGUCUGUUUGACUUGCUACAGUCUCUGGAGGGAGAAACCACUGAUAUACUGGACAUUCUAGAGCUGGUUAAAGCUGAGAAACCCCUUAAGUCACUAGAUUUCUGCUAUGGAAAUGAAGACCUGACAUUCUCCAUCAGUGAAGCCAUCAAGCUCUGCGUCACCGUGGUGGCUUACGCUCCUGAGUCAUUCCGAAGCCUUCAGAUGCUGAUGGUCUUGGAGGCUUUAGUUCCAUGCUACCUACAGAAGAUGAAGAGGCAGACGUCCCAGGUAGAGACAGUGCCUGCUGCCCGGGAGGAGAUUGCUGCCACAGCUGCUCUAGCCACAUCACUACAAGCCCUUUUGUACAGUGUGGAGGUCCUCACCAGGCCCAUGACAGCUCCACAAAUGAGCAGGAGCGACCAAGGUCACAAGGGAACCACCACAGCCAACCACACCAUGUCGUCUGGAGUGAACACCAGGUACCCAGAGCAAGGAGCCAAGCUGCACUUUAUCAGGGAAAACCUCCAUUUACUAGAGGAAGGGCAAGGCCUUCCCAGAGAAGAACUAGAUGAACGAAUUUCUCGAGAAGAAUUCAGAAGACCCCGGGAAUCUCUGCUGAACAUUUGCACAGAAUUCUACAAGCACUGUGGGCCAAGGCUGAAGAUCCUACAAAAUCUGGCUGGGGAGCCACGGGUCACUGCCCUGGAGCUGCUGGAUGUGAAGUCUCACAUGAGGCUGGCAGAAAUUGCACACUCCCUUCUGAAGCUGGCACCGUAUGACACCCAGACAAUGGAGAGCCGAGGCCUUCGGCGCUACAUCAUGGAGAUGCUCCCCAUUACUGAUUGGUCAGCAGAGGCUGUGAGGCCAGCUCUUAUCCUCAUUCUAAAGAGACUGGAUAGAAUGUUCAACAAAAUCCAUAAGAUGCCCACCUUGAGGCGACAGGUUGAAUGGGAGCCUGCCAGCAGUUUGAUUGAAGGGGUUUGUUUGACACUUCAGAGGCAGCCAAUCAUAUCCUUCCUGCCUCACCUUAGGUCACUGAUCAAUGUCUGUGUCAAUCUGGUGAUGGGAGUGGUAGGACCUUCCAGUGUUGCUGAUGGAUUACCCCUUCUUCAUCUCAGCCCUUAUCUCUCACCACCUCUGCCCUUCAGCACAGCUGUUGUCCGGCUUGUAGCAUUGCAGAUACAGGCUUUAAAAGAAGAUUUUCCUUUAAGCCAUGUGAUCUCCCCAUUCACCAAUCAAGAGCGAAGGGAGGGGAUGCUUUUAAAUCUGCUCAUCCCAUUUGUGCUCACAGUAGGAUCUGGAAGCAAAGAUAGCCCGUGGCUGGAGCAGCCCGAGGUACAGCUACUGCUGCAGACUGUCAUUAACGUGCUCCUGCCUCCUCGGAUCAUCAGCACAUCCAGGAGCAAGAACUUCAUGCUGGAGAGCUCCCCAGCACACUGCUCUACACCCGGGGAUGCAGGCAAAGACUUGCGAAAGGAAGGGCUGGCUGAAUCCACCAGCCAGGCAGCAUACUUAGCUCUCAAGGUUAUUCUCGUCUGCUUCGAGAGGCAGUUGGGCAGCCAGUGGUACUGGCUGAGCCUUCAGGUGAAGGAGAUGGCUCUGCGGAAGGUGGGCGGCCUGGCCCUGUGGGACUUCCUCGACUUCAUCGUGCGCACCCGGAUACCCAUCUUCGUUCUCUUACGCCCUUUCAUCCAAUGCAAGCUAUUGGCCCAACCAGCAGAAAAUCACGAGGAGCUUUCAGCCCGGCAACACAUCGCCGACCAGCUGGAGCGGCGCUUCAUCCCCCGUCCUUUAUGCAAGAGCUCUCUCAUUGCAGAGUUCAAUAGCGAACUGAAAAUUCUGAAAGAGGCAGUCCACAGUGGAUCAGCCUACCAAGGAAAGACAUCCAUCAGCACUGUAGGCACAUCCACCUCUGCCUACCGCCUGAGCCUGGCCACCAUGUCUCGCUCCAACACAGGCACAGGCACUGUCUGGGAGCAGGACAGUGAACCAUCCCAACAGGCUUCCCAAGACACCCUCAGUCGGACCGAUGAGGAGGACGAGGAAAAUGACUCUGUAAGCAUGCCCAGUGUGGUAAGUGAACAGGAAGCUUGUCUCCUGAGCACCAUUGGACGGAGGCGGUUCUCCAGCCAUGUCUCCAGCAUGUCUGCACCUCAGGCUGAGGUGGGCAUGUUACCCAGUCAAAGUGAACCUAAUGUCCUCGAUGACUCCCAGGGCCUGGCCGCCGAGGGCAGCCUCUCUAGGGUGGCAAGUAUACAGAGUGAACCUGGCCAGCAGAAUGUCCUCCUACAGCAGCCACUGGGGAGGAAGAGGGGCCUGAGGCAGCUAAGACGCCCUCUCCUAUCAAGGCAGAAGACUCAAACUGAACCCAGAAACCGUCAUGGAGCUCGAUUGUCUACCACUCGCAGGAGCAUUCAACCUAAAACAAAACCAUCUGUUGAUCAGAAGCGAUCUGUGACAUUCAUUGAGGCUCAGCCAGAGCCAACAGCUGCCCCAACAGACAUAUUUCCUGCCACGGGCCAACCACAGAGCUGCAGCCCAGCCCGAGCUAGGAAGCCAGAAGGAACAGAGAAGCCAGUACUCACAUCCUCCCCUGCCAUUAUCAUUGCAGAUCUUCAUAGCCUGUCUCCCAAGCAGAGUGAGCCCCUUCUUGCUGAAGAAGGAGAGAAAAAGGAGGAGGCGGAAGUACAAGGUGCCUCAGCUCACAGUCCCCUCUCCACUCAGCUGUCAGACCCGGAUGACUUCACUGGCCUUGAAACAUCCAGCCUCCUACAGCAUGGAGAUGCUGUCCUUCACAUCAGUGAGGAAAACGGCAUGGAGAACCCCCUGCUGUCCAGCCAGUUCAUGUUCACUCCUCCUGAGCUUGGAGAGACAGACUCAGCACUAGAUGAGUCCCACGUUUAGUUCUGUAUCACAGGAGCUCUGCACUCUACAGAAGACUGCUGACGAUGGAACAAUGCUUCUGACAAAAAUUAUUAAUUCUAAAACAGCACUUUAUAGCCUGUGGGUGGCAUUAAGUCUGAGUGAAUUUUGCUGCCAAAACUCCUAGUGUUUCAGAAACAUCUUAAAAAUCAAUAGCUAAAAGUCUUUAGUUGUGUGAAGACCAUAACAGGGCAGACCAAAGGGAAGAGCCAUCUCGCUGCACACAGCGUAUAGGUUGCUUUGAGCAGCUAAGAAUAUACUAUUACAGACAGUAAAGAAUAUUUAAUAUUACUGCCCUUUAAUAAUACUUAUAAGUUCUAAAAGGGAAUGCAGUCUCUUAAGAUACUCAUAUUAUACAUCUCAUGACAAUGUUUAUUUUUGUAGUUUCAAAAUUUUACAUUAGGUGGCUAUAUGCGUAGAAAUUUACAUAGAAGCAACCAGCAAGAAAAAUAAUUAGAAACUAAACUAUAAACCCUGCAGCCAUUUUUGUUUGGAUCAAUAAUAUAGCUGGUUAUUUACAAAAGAAAAAGUACUAUUUUUAGAGCUGUGAACUUUUCAAAAUUUACUUUUUAACUGUCCUUUCACUACAUCCUAUAAAUCAAAAUUCUGAUGCCACAUAUCAUUCCAUUUCAUAUCUACUGUAUUAGACAGAGAAUAUCUAGAAUCUCAGAUAUGAUUCUGAAUUAAUAACAUAGACAGCUAUACAAUUAUGAAAAAUCUAAAUGUAAAUAGCAUUGCUCGAAAGAGAUGGCAUUCCUAAUUCUACUCAUGAUGACAUCACCGUUCGGAUUAGGACCUAUUGGGAAAGAGGGUUACUUUCCCUUACUGUCCUUGUGCCUGCCCCUGAGGGCAUAUUUUCAUACAUUAAAGUUAAGUUGUUAGAACUAGAUCAUAAAUUAACUUUUUCUCAGUUGUCAAAUAUUCUAUGAUCCUUAGGAGAUUGCAGUUAAUGAAGGAAAGUCAGAAUAAUCAAUUUCUUUAUAGACUCAGACAUCUUGUAUAUAAUACAAAUAGGGCUUUAACUUGAAGUACAGUUACUUCAAAAAAAAAAAGGAAUAAAAUUUGAAAGGCUUGUCAGGCCAGUACUUAGUUGAUUAUUGAAGGGCUGGACAUCAUACAGUUCAUAAACAGUUUUCAAAAGUUUAGCAGUUUACAUUAGAGAAAUGUAACUACUAAACAUUGAAAAAAGUCUCAUAACAUACCUACAUUGGUGUGUGUGUGUGUGUGUGUGUGUGAGAGAGAGAGAGAGAGAGUCUUCAUGUAGAAGUUAAACAGAGAUUUUGAUUAUGUUGAGAUGAGUUUAAAAUAUAUUCUAUAUGCUUAAAAAUUGACUAUGUUGGCUAUGAAAUGUAUACUACAAAGAAAAUACCUAUAAACCCAUGCAAAUCAUAAAGGAAAUGAUUUUUAUGUUAGAAUUAUUUAUUAAAUAAGCACAGUGACUUAUAAAAUCAAAUAUAUUUUGGGGCUAUGAUCCCAUUCACCAUGAGAAUGAAAGGUAAUCUAUAAGUUAACUAGGAUAAAAUUUAAAAUUCCCCAGGUCAGAAAAAUCAGGGCUGUACCACCUUCUUGGCCCUUUGGCUGAGAGCAUGUGUGGGAAAUCCAGGAGACAAACAAACCUUCUCUGUUAUAACACCUUCACAUCAUUUAUACUUAAUGCUCAAUUCAUUUCUAAGUGCAAAAGUAGACAUGUAAGUGGUUUUCUGGUUCUAAGCUGAUAUAUUUUGCCUGUUAAAAACUAUGCUGCUCAAUUAGCAUUAGAGGCCUUAUGUUUGGUAAUUACAAGUGUCUGAGUUGUGUGCGUUUAUAUGUCUGUGCUUUGUUCCCUCUUUUGGAUUUGUGAUUCAAAAUCUCUAUGAUUGUGUCAUAUUUAGGAAGUAUAGAGGUCAAAGAAUUGUUAAAUACUCAAUAAUAACCCUAAGUACCUUUAUAUAUUUUAAGUGUGUUGGGAUGUUUGAGAAAUGAUUUUACUGGUCUGUCUGCCUUUUAAUCUGACUCCUUCACUCUCGUGUAUGGAAGUCUAUUAACUUUUUCAAUGAGCUAAGUAACGUUUUAUCUUGGAAAAAAAAAAAAAGACAUGACCACUCUGAGAAAUGGGGACUUACAGAGUGGGAGUGCUCUCGUCUUGGGACUUUUGAGAUUUCUCAUCUAUUCCAUUUAUUGUGUCCUUAAAUGUGUUGAAUGUAAUGUGUUGAAUGUUUAUGUGUGGUAACUAAAGUAUAUGUAUGUGCAUAAGACUGUCACAAGAUGUAUUCUCAGGAAUACUGUUACCUGGAGUUUGAAGGAAUAACUUAAAACAGUUAAGAUAAAAGUUCAAGUUAAUUGACAAUCUUUUGUAAUAUUCAAAAUGUGACUAAGAAUUAUCACUUUUGAUCAAUAUAUUAGUAAAAUUAGAUCAUAUCUUAAUCUGUGAUGCUUAAUAAUAUUUAUCUCAUUCAGAGGAAGGAUAAAACAGGCACCCACUUUCCAGGUAUUAAAAAAUUACAUCCAAUUAAAAUUGCUCCUUUGGAAAGUAAAUUUAUAGGGAAACCUUGAGAAAUAAAAAUACAUCAUCCAUGAAAGUGAGUACCUACGUGUACUAUCCAGAUUAAAGCAGUUUACAUCCUGGAUGCAGAAUUUUCUAGAACAGACAUUUUACUUUCAUUUGCAGCAUUCAGUGUUUUCUAUAAUUCUAUUAGAUUAUUUAUUCUUAUGACAAGGGAAGUGAGUUACUGAGUGCAUUGGAACAAGUCACUGAGAACAACAGUGUCAAAGGGCACCACUGGGCACAUGGCAGUGCUGGAGGCAUCUGUUGGUUUUCUGCUUCAAGCCUCCAAGAGUAACUUAAGCCAGGAUGGCAUCUCUCUUUUAGCAUCUGUUCUUUUAGUCAGUGAAGAACUUUCUCCACUUCACUGCCCACUCCUAGAGUUUCCGAGGAAAUAAUAGUGUGUGUACUGAGAUCCAUAGGGAAGAAAGGGUCAUAAAUAGAAUUAUAGUCCAAAACAUAAACUAAAUACCUUGCUUGAGUUAAGCAGGAUAUUUUACCAGAGAACUGUCCAGAAUUUGCUGCUGUCACAUAGAGUCCCACUUUCACUCUGUGACCUCACACUACCAAUCCAUGGCCUUGUGUCUCAGCAGUGAGUAAACUAUCCCACUUCCUCAUUUAUUCUUGUGGGUUUCAACUGCAUCAUUUCAGAAGCAAACUUUGAUUUGACACUCAGGAGAAUAAACACAAGUAGAGGGCAGAAUGUAUUUGGAAAAGUUUAUGAUAAAUUUACUUAUAUUAUUUAAAGAUCAUUUAGGAUCAUAAAUCUACGUACCUCCAUGAUAUUUUUAAUAGUCACUGUGACCAUGGGAUUAAAGUCCUUUAUUAGCCAUUUUGUAGGUAAAGACAAAGGAUUGACUAUACAGCCAACUUCCUUCAGAUGACUAUAAAGUCUGUUAUGAAUACUGAAUGACCAAAGAGCAUGGAAAAAUGCAUCUGAAUAAAUACUGAGAUGUUUAUGAAAGAUAUUUAUGAAAGCUAAUGAUUUCUGUGUUUGAAUAUGCACAUAUAAUAAAAUAAAUCUAAGAUCAUUUAAUG